AUGUGAUGACGAGAUUAGGGAGAGGCGUACUUGACUGCGAAGCCGGACCUCACAUUUGAUUCAGUAGUUUCCACAAACUGACACGCACUCGCACACUCACACUCACACCAUUUUCAUGCGCGACGCCGAAUCACUCAUUCUGAACACUGUCGCUUUCAUCAUCAUACUCAGACUCAGACUCAGACUCAGUCAGUUAAACUGAAAUCAAAACUCAGCAUUCUCUCUCCUUCCUUCCCAAUUCCCAUGGCUAUUGUUCUUCUUCCUUCUGCUUCCUCACUUCCCCCUAGUACUGCUACUGGUGAAGGGAUAUGUUACCCCACGACGUCAUAUGGAAUAGCUUGCAAUUCCAUCAGAUGUCCUAUUGAUGGCCGAAGGAUGCAUGAUCUUACCAGCACAAGAUGCAAAAGUCCAUUUUUUGGAUCAUCACCCUUCCUUUGGCCAUCCACGGGACAUGAUCUAAGCCUUUCAAAGCUUUUCGUUGCUGCGGAUUAUCCAGAUUCUAUACCUGAUUCAUCUAGUGACAUGAGUCAUCAAGGUUAUCAUCCUCUUGAAGAACUGAAGGUUUCUAAUGAUAGUCAGCCAGCUAGACUCUCCCCUGCUGUAAUAGCAAAAACAACAAUUGAGGCUAAUGAUCACGCUUUGCUAGUUUUUCCUGGAAUGGUACACUGUGAACCGCAUGCACAGAUUUCAUGGGCUGAGUAUGAAUAUCUUAUUGAUGAUUAUGGAGAUAUGUACAUUGAAAUAUUUGAUGGUGCAAACCUUUUGGAAGAUUGGGAGGCAAAUAACCCCGUGAAUGCUUUGAUUGGAAUGGACAUCCCAAUAUAUGAUAAUAGAAGGACUGCUAGUGAAGAUGCCAUUUUCAAUAGUGGUGACGAUGAUGAAUUCCCAUUUGAUGAUGGUUAUAUUGAGGUUCUGGAAAUGGAAGAUAUUAAUACUCCAGUGAAUUGGAGACAGCCAGAUAUUAAUAGCUCAGCUCAUCCACUUUAUUUUUCGAAGUGCUUAACAAAGGCUGUCAACAUGGAAUGUGAGAAAAGUAUGAAUUGUCCAUCCAAUGGUGUUUCUAUUCUGGGUUACCUUAGACCUGCUUAUGCUGAUGAAGAGUCAUAUGUAAGGAGGAUGUAUCCCACUGAAGUAAGUGAUGGAUACAGCUCAGAUAGGAAAGAUGGUAAAGAUUUUUAUUCAAGUAGUAUCAAUGAUCAAAGAGACACUAGUUUGACACUCUAUCGACUGGAGAUCGUGAAAAUCAAGCUACACUCCGUGUAUGGAUGUCAGUCUGACAUUAGUUUCCAAGAGUUUCAACGUGCUGAACCUGAUAUUCUUGUACACUCUUCUUUGGCAAUUGUGGAACACUUCAACCAAAACUGUGAUGGUGCUCUUAAAGCACUUUGCAAAAAGAAAGGUCUUGAUGCUGAGCGAGCACACUUGAUUGGGGUUGACAGCCUAGGCUUGGAUCUUAGAGUUUUUUCAGGGACAGAAGUAAAAAGUCACCGUUUUCCAUUCAAAGUCCAGGCUAACUCAGUGUAUGCGGCUGAAAAACAGAUUUGGCGACUUUUGUUUCCCCCAUGUAGGCGAAAAAAGAACACAAAGUCACGGCGGAAUGUUUAAAAUCGAGUAUGAGUUUAGUAUCCCUAUUCCCUAGGUGACUAGUCCUCAUUUUUUCGAUUUUGUGAUUUCCAAAUUGCACUUAGAUAGCAUGAUCUGGAGCAAUUAACGUGUUCUUGUAUAAAUGGUGAUCUGUACAUUAUUUCCAGGUGAGUCCUACAAAUAAUUUUUCUGACAUAAAGUUCAGGUAAAGGGGAAGUAAGGAAAUUGUGUCUCUACCAAAGGGGGAUUUGUAGCUGCAAGAACCAAACCUAGGCUUCAUAAUCGAAGUGUUUUGGUCCUUAGCAGCUAAAUGAAUCCCCUUUUGGCCCUUAACAUAUUUUUACCCAGGUUGGAAGCGGGUCAUACUGCCAACAAUAAGUGGUGCUGAGAGCCUAUAAAUUUUGUGUUUCGAUAUAUUUACACUCACAUUCUUUUCA